UUCCGGGCGGUGCAGCGGCGGCCGCUUGGAAGAUGGCUGCGCCCUGUGGCUCGGAGCUGCCCGCCAACUCGCCGCUAAAAAUCCCGAAGAUGGAGGUGCUCUCCCCGGCGUCUCCUGGCGGCCUGAGCGACGGAAAUCCAUCGCUGUCCGACCCUUCCACGCCUCGGGGCGCCUCCCCGCUCGGGCCGGGCAGCGCCGCGGGCUCGGGGGCAGCGGCGUCCGGGGGUCUCGGGCUGGGGCUGGGGGGCCGCAGCGCCGCCUCGUCCUCGGUCUCCUUCUCCCCUGGUGGCGGCGGUGGCGGGGCUGCGGCAGCCGCCGCCGCCGCCUGCCGGGGCAUGUCGUGGACGCCGGCCGAGACGAACGCGCUCAUCGCAGUGUGGGGCAACGAGCGGCUGGUGGAGGCGCGGUACCAGCAGCUGGAGGGAGCCGGCACGGUGUUCGGCAGCAAGGCCCCCGGGCCGGCCAUGUACGAGCGCGUGUCCCGGGCCCUGGCCGAGCUGGGCUACGAGCGGACCCCGUCCCAGUGCCGGGAGCGCAUCAAGCUGGUUCGAUGCCCAGAACUGAAUGCUGUGCUCCAGCUGUGGCCUCACCGGUGCUGAAUAGAGAGGAAGAGCCACCUCCAUAGCUUACAUGUGAUUCCUCUGCUUAUACAACCCAAUACUGGAUUUACUUACUUGGGCAAGAUAGCUGCAUUGUGCACUGUAUUUAAUGUUACGUGUACUGUAACCCUGGGUCUUUCUCUGCAUUGCUGCCGUUAAACCCCCAAUCCUGCCGAUCUAAAACUCCUGCCUUUGUUUACCCUGUCCCCUCUCCCCCGUAGACUCCCCUUACAUUCAUCCACAAUGAAUGUCAUCUUUUUAUUCUCUCAUUUCCUUUCACUCUGUUCUUAAACUUUGGCAAAGCUUGCCCUCUGUCCUUUAAAUUGUCAGUUGUCAGCCAUCUUAUUUUUCUUCCUGCUUUUGUAAUGGGGCGUCUUUCAAGUCUUUUUUUCUGGUUCUUUUCCUUUUGUAGUCGCUUGGCAUGGUGGAUUUAGUAAACAUUCACCUGGCAUUUCUUCCCAGUCGAAUACCUAUGAACUCCUCCCAUUAGGCAACCGGGGCUGUACUUCAGUUCCUCUGUCCAGAUUUCUUGACUUUUGACCUCUGUUCCUAUAAUUUGACUCAAGAUACAGUAUUGUCUCAGCUCUUCCCCCAAGGAGGAGGCUGUGAUAUUGAUUUACCAUGGACAUUCCUAACAAUAAGAAAAACAUUAUUGUUCUUAGUUGUGAAUAGAAUAAUCUUAAUAAUUUUAAGCAAGUUCUUCGCCCAUCCCAAGAUCUUCAUUUAAACCAAAAAAAAAAAAAAGAAAAAAUCAACUAAAAUUCAAGUUACUAUGAAUUUUUAAGAUGAGUGAAGUAAAGGAAGAAGUAAGGGAAGUACUUGGUUUUGUAUUGAUUAGGAAAUAGUUCUCCAAGGAAGCUAAACUGAAGUUCUUGUUGGUUUUGAUAUAGCUGUCUAAAAUAGAAGGUGAGACUUCAUUUUUCCUAGAUUCUGGAGCAUUAUCUUAAUCUCAGAUUAGAAUAGGUUUUAAAGGAUCUAUUUAGUACUGUUGACACAGACACAUUCUCUUGAUUAUAUGCUUUGAUUAAUCAUUUAGUGUGUGGAAAGUGUAAACUUUUCUGAUUUACUGUAAGUGAUUUACUGUAAGUGAUUAGACUCAAAAAUUCUCUAUUUCUGUUUUCUCCAUUUCUAAACUUCUUCUUGUUUAAAUUUCACUGUUUCUUAGAGUAGCAUUUGAGCUGAUAGUUGAGUUCUAACAUUUUCUCCUCCCGUAGUUGAUAAGUCUUAUUUAAAACACCUCUCCUUGAAUCUUGGGUUUUUACUGAAUCCAAAAGUUACCAUUAAUAUAUGUAUUUCUGUCUUGAGAGAAUUAAAAUCAAUUAGGAAAAAUUUUUAACAUUUCAAUACAUCAAAUUCCUAUCAUACGGAUUUAGAAGUUACUAAAGAUUUUUCCUCCAAAUCCCUAAGAUGUAUUACAGAUCAGCAAAUUACACUAUUAAAGUGUAUUAUAUUUACAAAGGCACACUACAAAGAGGUGGGAAGAUCUAUUAAUCUGUUUUGGUGAACUAUAAAACCAUCAGAUAAUGCUAUCUAGUAAGUUUCCUUACUUACAGUUCUGUAAGCCAACUGAAAUUUUAGCUCAAUUUGAUGGUUUCAGAGGAAGUUGAAGUCUUCUAUAGUUUCCCACCAUGUAUAUUUGUCAAAGAUAGGUGGUUUUGCUUAUGCCUGUUUCACAUCCUGAGAAGUGUGGACGUUUCUUCAAAGGAACGUUAGUUUUAUUCCUUGACUUCUGAAAUAACCCUUGGUGACAGAGGGACACUCGGGAACAGAUCCGACCAGGCUCUGUUGAAUGUUGGGUGCUUUCCACUGGGCAGCCAGUAAGCAGUGGGCAGUCAGUGGCUUGGUUUCCAUCUCCAUUUAUGGCCUUGGAAGGGUGAAGGGCACAUGGCCGGGACUCUCCAUUUACGGUCCUUGGAGGAGUUGAAAAGAAUGGUUGGGGUGUUCUUGGAGGCAGAAAUUUGACAUUGUGAGAUAAAAAUAAAUUGGCAGGAGAUGUUUGUAAUUCAAAUUCCAAUCCCUGCAAGGAGGGCAGAGGGCACUGGGAAAGAGGAAUAUGUAGAAAGUCAAAUGAGAUAUGCUGCAGGCAUUUGUCUCUUUCCAUUGGGAGGGCUGUCCAUGACACAUUUCCCAAGUUCCUUCCUGAUUUGUUCUAGGAAGUUUUGUGUUACGUAGUUGUGACUAUGCUUUAAAAAAAAGAAAGAAGGAGCACUUUUAAAGAGUGUAUUAUCUGAAACCCGGUUCUUUAAGGCAUCAUUUAAGACCCCAAAAGAGAUCUCAAGCAAGGGAGAAGGAGGCAGGUGCUUGUGCAGGGAUAGGCUGGCUGGUUUUAGGGUGGGGUGACUAAUCACUGCGCUGUUAGGUCUAAGGAGUUCAUCCUGUGAGUCCUGCUUUUGUUAUUCCUCUUGCCCAUCUGGAUUCUGGCAUCAUAGUUAUCUGUGAUUUAAUGACAGUGAACUUUCAUGGAGGCACUAUAAAGAUUAUUAAGACUUGUUUUAGUCUGGUGAGAAUAGGUGAAAUUUUUAGGGGAAAUUUUUAACUUGGAUAAUGUGUAUAAAAUAAGUCUGAGGUGAACUGGUUUUGCACAAUUGAGUUAAGAAGUGUUUGGGAGCCACCAGGGAAAGGGUCUUGUCUCAAGAAGAUUUUCAGAAUGAUACCAGUGAAACAGAAGGGAGAUUAUAAAGAACAAAAGGGAGGCAUAGAGACUGAAUGUAACCAAACUAAAUUUGGAAAUUAGGACUAAGUCCUUGCUUAAUCUUUUGAAAUAUAAUGUGAGAUGGCAUAAAAUGUACCACUAAACACAAGAAACUGGGCCAAUAAUCAAAAAUAUGUUAGAAAAGUAGGAAAAAAUUUAAGUGUUGUGUAGGGUGAUAAAAUUAUUUAGGUUUCAUCUGUGGACUUCUAUGAUGUUUACUUGCUUUGUGCUACAAGACAGAAAAAGAAGUGAAAUGACACCCCUCCACUUCACUCUCCUCCGCCCCCAAAGGGAUUCUUGGCUUUGUUUAGCUGGCAAUUUGAGUUGAUGGAAUAGACCAGUAUCAUUAGCUGGUUUCUAGCAGUAGAUAUGAGUGUGUUGUUUCUUGAUAAUUGAUGUUUGAGACUGGGAAGCGUUAUUGAUUUGACCUCUUAAAUUUUGGCAGCUUCCCCAAAGUUAGUGAGGAAUACAGGCUAUGUAAGUAAUGUGUUUUACUAGCUAAUUCAUUUAGGCUAUUGUUUUUACCCAGUCCUCCUUCUUAAUCACGAGUAAGGAAGGUUAUAUUCUUUGCUUUGGGAAAUUCUUCUUCUGUCCUCCCUUCCCUCACUUUUUCCAAAUUCUGGGCACAAAUAGCAGCUCUUUCUCUUCUGUGGCAGGUGUGCAUCCUAUUGGCUGGCUGGUAUUUCUUGUUUUUUUUUUUUUUUUUUUCUUAUUCAUUUUAAAUGGGGGUGGGGGUAUUAAAAUGUGUAUGGGGUACAUGCAAUAAUGUUGUAAUGUUUCUUGUUGUUUAAUGGAUAAUUAAUUGCAAAAUAAUUGUUUGAAUUAUAACAUGUUUAAGUAAAUGCUAAAUUAGUAAUUUUUUUCUAAUAUAAUAAUGAAUUUGAACUCUAGUAUUCUUGUAACAAUGUGUCUGUGUUUGUCUGUCUGUGUCUGUCUAAUAGUAAUUAAUAUCUGUGGUCCGUACCUGGAAGAGGAAGUACAGCUUUAAAGGAAUAACAAAAGACUUUGUGUCUUAGACCCUUCGCAGGUGUUACAGUCGGGUGAAAGAACAUGGUG